AUGUCUUUUAGUUUGCUGUACUGCAUUUUUCAUCUACUCUUGUUGGCCCGCUCCAACGCAGGCAACAGUACCGCCACAGCGCGCGACCCUACCCGCAGCGGCAGCACCUUCGGACCGCUCGAGGUUAUCGCCGAUCUCAAAGAGCCGGUGUCCGCUCUCAAGGCGCGCAUGAUCAAGAAGGCCGCGGAGAUGACCUACAUCGUCGAGGACGACCAAGAGAGGCGCAUCCGGCUGGAGGCGCUCCUGGGCGACUCCAACACCCUCGUCGAGGAGCUCAAGGACGCCACCGAUGCAACUGCUGCUUCUGCUUCUGCUGCUGCUGCUGCUGCUGCUGCUGAUGCUGCUGCUGCUGCUGGUUCGACCAAGUCCUCCAAGACCAACAACGCCGCCGCCGCCACCGGCGACGACAAAGACAAGGACCCCCCGACUGCUACUAGCACCACUAGCACCACUAGCACCACUAGCACCGGCAAGGGUAGGCGCGACAACGGGAGCGGCAAAAGCGACAAAGCUAAGGCGGGGGACGCCGGCGAGGAGGAGAAGCCAGACGGCGGGGCUGGAGGGGAGGGAGAGGCAGGCGGCAGCGGCGAGAAGGAGGCGGGCGCCGCGAGCAAGACCAGGAAGAAGAAGAAGAAGAGGAAGGGCGGGGGCGGCGGGGGAGGGAAGGAAGGCAGUCCCGAGGACAAUCAAAACAACACCAACGCCGCUGCUAGCGCUGCCGCGGCCGCGGACAAAGGCGCGGUCACGGACGACAAUGGCGAUGGACACAAAGUCGAUGUCGAUGGACCCCUGUUCCAGGACCGGCUGGUUGAAGAGUCGGGCAUCUUGGGAGGCCAAGAGAUAUACCUAGAAGAUGGUCGCGUGCCGAGACCCCGAGAGCUGGAGAUCACGGUCCUCGCCUACGCACCGCACUUCCUCGGGCUCGCCGCCGCCGCCGCCGCGGAAAGGCUCAAGGCGAAGGUCUCCCAGAUCUCCGAAAUCUCCGACGCCGCAGCCGACGCCAACGUUGGCAAUGGCAAUGGCGAUGGCAAGGCCGCCGACCCAGCCGACCCCGCGAGGGGGAACGCGGCGGCGGCGGGAGGGGGCAAGUCUGCCCUCCAGAACCGGUCCACGACCCCGUCCUCGAAGGUGGCGCGGGGGGGGGGCGGCGGGAAGGGGGGGGGGGGGAAGGUGGGCUUGGUGCCCACAGGACUGUCGCCGAGUGCGGUCUGGCCGGAUGAGGAGGCGGCGAGGAAGAAGGGGGACGUCGAGAGAUUCCGCGGGGAUCCCGUUAGGGUGGGUGUCUUCUUUUCUGGGGGGGAAACGACACAACAGGGGUACAUUUCCCGACAGAUCAGGCUGCUGAGCCUCCAGCGACAGCUGUCCAUGAGGACCCUCGGCCACUUCCACAUCGACGAGCGCCGUUCCCUCACGGAGCUGCGUGCUAUCCUUAGAGGGCUGCUAUCGGAGGGGCUUAGCAAGGCGAUGAAGGCUUCCAUGGCGGAGGCAAUCAGAGCCGCCAAAGAAGCUCAGGCGGCAGCGGAGGCGGAGGCGGAGACGGAGGUGGAGGCGGCGGCAGCGGCAGCGCAGGACGCGGACGGGGAGGUGAUGGACGCCAACGAGCUCGAGGACAUUCGCAAGAUCAUGAUGAGGAAGAACAACAAAAACCCCAGCAAGACGCGAAAGAAGCGCUCCAGUCACGGCCGCGGCGGCGGAGCCGGCACCCACGGAAGCAGUAGCGGCAGCAGCACCACUGCCGCCUCCGCUACGCCAACACCGAACCCGCCUCCUGCCGGCGAAACGACGGUGCCCGGGACGGUCGAUGCACCGAACGGGCUCGGCAGCAGCAGUGCGAACUGUUCUGCCGCCGCGGGGCAGGGAGAGGGGGAUAAGUCGGCGGCGUCGAUCGACCGGCAGGGGGUGGAGGAGGUGAAGGAGGAGCACGCAGACUCGGACGAUGAGAUACCCCUGCCGGAGGGGAUGCCGGGUUUCCAGACCCUCGAGGAGGCCAUGCUGGUGCGGGAGCUGAGGAAGGACAGGCUGCCCGGGAAGAUCAUCAGGAGCAGCGACGUCGGGGGGAACACGGCUGGAGGCCUGUUUGUCGGGCAGACGAUCUCGGAGCUGAACCUCUGCUCCAGCGUCGCCCUUGUUCUCUGCCUGCGUCCGAGGCUUCCCCAGACCCCUCUCGUGCAAGAGGCUAGCAUGUCUCGCCGAGAGAAGCUCGCUGAGGAGUUGCUGGAGAAUGGCCAGGCCAACGGCGACCACGGGACCGCUGAGGAGGAGAAGGGGCCGACGCUGGAGGAGCAGAAGCAACAGCUGCAGGAGGCCCAGCGGCAGUUGCAAGCGCUUGAGGCUAACUUGGAAGACAUGCAGAAGAAGAGGGACGUCGACAUUCGCGCCCUGGACCUGGGGUGGACGACCUACAGCAAGGCCUUGAAGAACACCCGCUCCCCGGAGCAGGACAGGUUGAUGAAGACGUGGAAGAAGGAGCUCAACGCCAGAAAGGAACGCAUCGACAACGCCCACCUCAAGGAGGAACGACCAUUGGACAAAGAAGUCAAGUCGAUGAAGACCGCGGUGGAGAAGAUGAAGAGAAGCAUCAAGAAGACUGAGAAGGAAGAAGACAGGGAGAAAGCCGCUGCUCAGGGGCUGGAGUCAGCCUCGAUCUUCACUCGCGUCAAGGGUGUACUCUUCAGCGGCGCCAAGGCCACGUUCGGGUUCGGCAGGACAGACGACGCCCCGGACGACAACGCAAGCAUCGCCAUCGCCGCCGCACAGCUCAAGUCCAACCGGGAGCAGGAGAGCAUCGCGAUGGAAAAGGAGAUGGACAAGGAACUGGAGGCCUCGGACUGGGGCGUUCCCAAGGCUCGCGGCAAUGCCAAUUCGUCCAGCAAAAAGAGCGGCGGAGGAAAGGGCGCCGGCAAGAGGUCGACCGCAUCGUCCUCUUCCGGUCAGCCAGGGUCCAUGGGGACGGGAACUGGCGCUCCAGAAGCAGCAGGUGCGGCUUCGGCACCAGCCUCUGGAGGCUCCGCCGCUGCCGCCGCUGCUACUGCGAUGGCUUCGCCAGAGACAACGCUCGCCGACCUUCUCCGAAAGAGGGAAGAUGAGGUGGAACGGCGACGCACGGACCCGGUCACCGACCUGCACCUGUGGACGUUCUGCCGCAAAAACCCGCUUGGGGACGGAGGCACGCUGCCGAUCGACGAGCCGGAAUGGCCAGGGCCGCUCAAGGAGGUGAUCGUGGAGAACGUGUCGCAGCCAACCCUCGACAACCUGCACGAGGCCCUGGGGAAGGCCUACGGGAUACCAGCGAGUCGGGUGCGGGCUAUCAAGCACAACUGGGGCAAGCACCAGUGGGUUCGCCUCACGCGCGAGAUGGGGAUAAAAAAGAUGAAAAAGGGGAAGAAGGGCAAGCGUUUGGUCACCAACCUCCGAGAAGCACCGUACUCGUUCAAGGACGGGGAUGUCGUGGCGGUGGUGGACAAGAUGGAGGACGAGUCGGGAGAGGCCGACCUUGCGAGGGCAGACGACGAGGCGAGUGCUUCGGCGUAUCGAGAGCAUGGAAAGGGGCAGGCGAAGGCAACGAAGGACAAGCGGAAGAAGAAGAAGAAGCCAGCGUCGAAGCGAGCCAUGCCUGAGGUCGGGUUGACCUUGGGAGGAGACUGGGACGAUGGCGAUGACGACGAAGAGAGCGACGAGAGCGACGAAAGCGAUGACUUGAGCGACAUGCGCUUCUGAUGAAGUGCCGCCACCCACCACCAUCAGAGGCACACCCUGUCUUGAAGUUUGCUUGACGCAAUAUUUCAAAGCGGAAGGAACAGACGCGACCUUGAAUUGAACAUCCCAUGAAAUAUCACAUCCGGUUUGGUAACAACGGGGAAAUGCCACCCCAAAGACUCUUCCGUAGAUAGAACGGUGUCGCCAGUUACCAAUGACUAUACAAGAGCCAGUGAGCAGGUCUGGAGUGCCCUCCGGGGGUCUCCACUCGCGGAGUCUGUUGGUGCAGUCUCACAUUAGAUUAAUCACAUUAGGAUCAGCACCGUCUCGGUGCUCUGGAGGCACGUGGUGCCACAGAGGAAGACUCAGUCGCACGCCCGUGUCCACGAGAUGGUGGCUGGAUGGUUGUUUGUUCAUCCGUCGUCUGUUGAAGGGGGGGUGCAACGUCUUUGUUCCGGAUAACCGCCGGGCAUGCUUUCUGUCUGUGUGCUCCCCUCCCCCGGCGAGAUGACGCAGGGGGGGGCAGACCAGGCCGACUGUAACGAACGGUGAUUGAAGAAGACAGCGAGCGGCCGCUAUGUAUGGCGAUUGCUACGCAUUAUAUUUCCAUCUUUCGCUUGGGCUGGUGGCAGCUGCUUGAUGUUAUUUGCAUAAGUUCUUUGUUACCCGUUUAGUAGUUGGAAACGAAUUGCGAGCAGGUGCUCACGAUUUCGGGGUGCUGUUUUUUUCCUCGGGAUGACAGGACCACUGAUGAUUUACGAGCUGUGCCGCCUGUAGACUGUGUUGCUCCCUUGCGGUGCGUGCGUUUUUUUUAACUGUUGCUUCCAUGUGUGGAGCGCACAAAUUGACGUAAAUCUCGAUGUGGAAUCCAUGCCAUACAAGCGUGCGAUGGUGACCCUUAAUACAGCAGAUCUGCAGUAGAGACGGUUACUAUACUGCCACGAGCUAAAUCGCUCUAAUCCGUAUGCUUCUGCUGACACGUCGAUGGCGUGCUUUUUCUCAGCUUGUGUAGGCAGAAGUUUCGCUUCUCAUAUAUGCUACGAGCACACCGCGACGAAGGGUUUCUUGCAGUAAAAAAAUGUUGUUGCCGAGAAGGAAGGUGCCACAAACCUUCUCUAUGAUAUCUUCUGUUCAUCAGCUUGGUGUCCCAGGCCCGAAUCGCUGAGCACUGAAUGAACGCAACGGGGGACGGCCGCAAAGCUCGCCUUGGAUUGUGAUCGCCCUACGGUAGUCUACAUACGAUCAAAAUACCUCAGGCAGGAACCGCAGGAGGGGGUCCAGCACCCCCUUCCUAUGUGACCCCGGUUGGGUCGUCUAGCUAGUAGAAUUGGAGGAUAGGGGCCAGAGGGGCAGACGACAGAGUCCAAUGAUGGGAGAAAAAAAAAAAAACAUCACAUACGCAGGUGGGCUCGCUUCACCACGUACUCUGAACUACCAUAAUAUCUACUUCUGCUGCUGCAUCCCGUUGAACCCAUCUUUGGUCGGCAAAUGAGCAGUACGUAUACGUGUAGUCUAUAUGGCAAUUCAAGUUUAUGUUGGCUAAUUCUGCAGCUCUUAGCGGAAGACACACGGACGACGAGUUCCUGCGAGGACGGGUGUUACUUGCUCUACAGCAGGCACCGGCACAUUCAUUCGCCGAAACCUCACACACAUGUGCAUGUGUGUGCAUAGAUCGAGAGCAGAUUUUGAUGCAAUUGUCCACGGCAGAAUUAAUUUUAGGAACGAACGGAAAGUCACCACAGCUACUCUUGGUCUUUGUCUAGUCUAAUGCUGCAGUUACCUUCUCGUUUCGGUGUGUACUUGUGCAGCGGACUUGGGAAACGCUUGUAUGCACAAGAACCUGAGAUAGAUGCAUAGACUAUAGUCUACUGACUUAGCUCAUGCGAGAGCAGCAGAGAGCAAUAGAGGGCUGCGAAAUACUCUCGGUAAGGGUGCAUCCGAAGGGUAUGUGUGUGCGGGCGUCGAUGAUGGGAUGGCCCAUGGCUUAGCGAGAAAAUAUGGUCAUGGAACGACGGUCUCAUUACAUGACAGACGACAUGACGACAUGCGAUGGCAUGAUGACACAUCCAUAUUCCAUAUAUAAGACGAAUGACGACAUCGCUCGCAAGUCCCGAAGCGUUUUGGGUUAAUCCGCCCGCCGCAGCUGCGCAGCUGCCUCUUUUUUUUUUUAUUUUUCCAAAUACAACACAACGAGUCCAUUUCCGUCAGAGAAAAGAGUCAAAGACAGAUUAGCAAUGGAAUCAUAGCGUCAAAGAAAACUACCUGUUGUGUGUCCACGAUUUCCCAGACAGCAUAUAUGGACAUCUCCCCUGCGGAUAACAGGCUCAACAAGACAGUUUGGUAGCUGUGUUGUGUGUCUUAUAUAUGUUAUGUUGGGAAGGUGUAGACGAAAAGUGUUGGGCUGUUAGUUAGUUGGGUGUUUUAUGUGUGGCACCCUGUUGGUUGUGGAUCUCCAUCCAUUUUACACGUGUAUUUCCAGUUUGGUAUGCAUUUAACGCGAGGAAUAUGAUUUGGUAAGUAAUUGAGUUUGGUAUGCAUAUGCAUGCAUCUGUGUCAAAUUGUGCGGCACACGGGAGUGGUCUCCCAGUUUUGUGUAAUUUCAUGCCCAUAAAUGUGCGAAGGGCACGGGAGAACAUUCUUUCAUCAUUGCCUCCUGACGUGGUCGGUCGUAGGUAAGGCGUGUGGUUGAGGUUCCAUCACCGAUAUGUGGGUGUUCGUGUGUUCAAAUGUAAUGGGUUGGUCAUCUCUCUCGUCCGUGUGUAGGCAGGGAGUAUGGUUAUAUCUCUCCCCUCAGUGGGCAGCACAGACCAUAUGUAAAGAAGAGUUGAUCAUUUCGUGCAUAAUACAUCAUUUAUGUUUGGCACGACAGGAGGAAUGAGAUUUAGUUGUUCUGACAUUUUGACGGUGUACGUGGGUACGGAAAGUACUCCCUGUGUCCGUGAUGUUCCCUGAUGUUGUCGCAUCGAGUGGCAGCAUGUGCCAAGGACAGGUAGACGUGGAAGGACGGCGACAGGUGAAGGGCAGCAGUAGUAGUGUGUUGUGCAUGGUGGCUUGUUGGCUUGUACAGAGACCAGUACAUCUUCGACCGACCACACAUAAAGAGUUUGUUCGUACCUGUGGGGAUUUUUUGGAGUCCUGGGUCAGCCGAGAGCAGCAGCAAGGAGCAGAUACGAUGCAGUGUACUCUACAGCUUUACAGUCCGUCCUCCUCAAGUCCUAGCGGAGAUGAUUAGUAUCGCACAACGGCUGGAUCCGAAAUGCCGGCUAGCUCCGAAAACCAAGAGAGGUGGGUGGCUGAGCUAAAACCGGAAUGACUGCAUGCAUGCGUGCUCCUCUCAGCAGAUGUUGCUGGCUGGCUCUUUGAAGUGCAGAUUUCUGGUUCAGCAGAAUUUGAUUCCCAAUUUUUCCGUUGUCACCUGGGUACAGGGGAAUUUUUGAGAGGUGUACGGAAGUUGAUGAAUUGUCCUACUUGCAAGGGACACGUUUGAUUUUCAGUGUUCCCCCUUGCGGUUUCGACGGUCAAAAUUGUGGUUACCCACAAAUUUUCGCAUCGCUAUAAGCCAUCAGGCUUACUAAAUUACGUGUGUACAGAGUUUCGUUAACGUUAAAGAGUAAAUCGAAAGGGAUUUUUAUGUCGUUAAUACACACCAAGCGUUCUUAUUUUUAUUUUACAUAGACAUCACGAUAUAUGGACAUAACACAACAACAUUACUCCAGCUCCACAAGGAAACGGGACAUUUACCAGUGACUAAAGUAAAACGUAAUGCCAAGCAGAUUAACUCACCACAAAGUCCUUAGCAUCGAUUCGACUCCAAAUACCCAACUUCACUUUCUCCCAGUAUGAAUUCCGCACCAUAGGCGCAUUUACACCCACGAUGUUUGCAGUCACUGGCGAGGUGCGAAAAAAGGUAUACUUGAAAUUAUGUAAAGUAUUACGGAUAAGUCGACUAGAAUAGAAACGUGCAAGCAUGUCAGCUAUCAAUCUAGCUGUGGCAGCCUGGAAAAAUCGAAUAUCAGUACAUCUAAUAGCGAAUCGGCACAUUUGACAAUGCAACGUCGACAUUUUACAUCUAGUAGAUAACACUGUUUCCCAAUGUGGGAAUGCCCGAUACUGCUUCAACGUAGCCAUAUGUUGGCGCUUAUUAUACAUGCCAAUACUAGUCUUACCAGGAAUGUCUUGCCCUAUUUGCAUAUCCAGAAAAUGUGCGGAGUCCCCACACUGUUCUUGGGUGAUGCGAACGGGGUUGUCUAUCUGAUCACCACUCGUAUCUAACACCAUCUUUGGGUACAUACCACCAUAUUCAUUACCC